AUGUUCUCUAAAUGUCGCUCAUCUUCAAUCCCCGCCGUCCAUUUCAAACGACCGUUACCUUUCCCGCUAACCCAUCGUCCAGUUUCAUUUCAAGCCAUUACAAACGCCCCAAACCACGCCGACCCAUUUCAUCAAACGAGCUCAUCUUUCUCUUCCAGUCGACUCGGAGCCUUCACGCAAGUUCCCCAGUCGACCCACUUCAAUGACCCUCACUCGGCCCAUUCCUUCUGCUCCAAUGCCCUCAAGGUUUCAGCCAAAAUGGGUUUUCUUCGUGAGGGAAAACAACUACAUGGGCAUGUUGUAAAGUUGGGAUUGUAUAAUGUGCAGUCCUUGCAAAUUCAAAUUUUGAACGUAUACCUUAAAUGCAAGGAUUUCAAUAAUGCACAGAGACUGUUUGGUGAAAUGCGUAAGAGAAAUGUGGUUGCUUGGAACACCUUGAUUUCUGGGCUUGUCAACUGUUGGGGUAACUAUGAGUCGAAGUUGUAUCUGGGUUUUUCUUACUUUAGGAGGAUGUUGUUAGAAGCAGUUGGUCCGGAUGAUAUAACAUUUAAUGGUUUGUUCCGUGUUUGCGUCGAUUUAAAUGAUGUUGAGAUUGGUAGACAAUUGCAUUGUUUUGUCGUAAAAUUGGGAUUUGGUUCAAAUUGCUUUGUGGGUAGUGCUCUUGUUGAUUUAUAUGCAAAGCAUGGUUUAAUUGAUGCAAGGUGUGCUUUUGAUUUUGUAUUGUACAGAGAUUUGGUUCUGUGGAAUGUGAUGGUGUAUUGCUAUGCUUCAAAUUCUUUGGCCAAAGAGGCUUUUGGGGUCUUCAAUCUGAUGAGGUUGGAAGGUGUUAAGGGGGAUGAGUUUACGUUUAGUAGCCUGCUAAGUUCAUGCCGUACUUUGGGUUCUUGUAAACCGGGAAAGCAGAUUCAUGGGAUUAUUAUAAGAGAGGCUUUUGAUUCAGAUGUUCUAGUUUCCAGCGCACUUGUUGAUAUGUAUGCGAAGAAUGAUGACAUAGGUGAUGCUUGGAAGGCUUUUGAUGCAAUGUCCAUCAGGAAUGUCGUUUCGUGGACCACUGUAAUCGUGGGCUAUGGGCUACAUGGAAAAGAGAAGGAGGCUAUAGGACUUCUGCGCGAAAUGUUUCGGGAACAUUUGUAUCCUGAUGAGUUAACUCUGGCUAGCAUUGUUAGCUCAUGUGGCAAUGUAUCAUCUGCCAGUGAACUUAUGCAAGUUCAUGCUUACAUGGUGAAGUUUGGGUUUCAUUUCUUCUCAUCAAUUGCGAAUUCUCUGAUAACUGCAUAUUCCAAAUGUGGUAGUAUUUCUAGUGCGUCUAAAUGUUUCAACUUGGUUGUUGAGCCUGAUCUAGUUACAUGGACUUCACUGAUAUGUGCUUAUGCAUUCCACAGCCUUGCCGAAGAAGCUACGGAGGUUUUCGAGAAAAUGUUAGCUUAUGACAUAAUGCCGGAUCAAAUUGCUUUUCUUGCGGUUCUUUCUGCUUGUAGCCAUGGAGGGUUGAUACAGAAAGGGCUUCAUUACUUUAAACUAAUGUCUAAUGACUAUCAAAUUUUUCCAGAUUCAGAACAUUAUACCUGUCUCAUUGACCUUCUUGGGCGAGCUGGUCUUCUAGACGAGGCUUUCAUGGCUUUGACCUCAAUGCCAAUCGAACCUGAUCCAAGCACCUUGGGAGCAUUCAUGGGGGCGUGCAAAGUCCAUGGAAACAUAGAACUAGCAAAAUGGGCAGCACAAAAGCUUUUUGCAUUGGAGCCAAACAAGCCUGUGAAUUAUACUCUCAUGUCUAACAUCUACUCUUCUCAAGGUCAUUGGGGUGACGUCUCAAGAGUACGGAAGAUGAUGAGGCACAGUUGUGAUUAUAAAGCUCCAGGCUGUAACUGGGUGGAGAUCGGCGGCGGCAUUUGUACAUUUGUUCCAGGUGAUGAAUCCCACCCACAAGCACCAGAGGUGUAUGCUAUGCUAGGGUUGUUGCUCAGGCUGAUGAAGGAGAAAAGUUUAUAUCUGUGA